UUUUGGAAUAAAAAUACUUACACAUUGGAAUUAAUAUGUCAUAUUCAAAGAUCGCUGCAACAACAAGCUCCAGUGGAAUACCAAUUGGAAAUAGUAGACCACGAUCUCUAAUUGUUGAAGUAGAAGGCGACGCGGAGUUCAACUCUUUAUGGGACACCCUAAAUCUAGCUCCACAAACCAAAGACUUUUGUAAGCAGAUUAACGGACUUUUCGAAACUAAAAAAGGAUUAUGGAUGCUAUCAUUCAAGCCCGGAUCGGAUUCGCAAAUUUCAAGUUGUAGAGAGGCAUUCCUAUUGUCUACCGAAGGAAUUAUAGAUUCACCCCAUGGAAGGCUUUUGUUUACGUUACCAUCGGGAACGCCCGUCCGCAUAUCUAUUAAGGGAAUACCAGACGAGACGCCGUUCAUUAGGGCUGCCGAGGUAAUUAACAAAUUAAACUGUGGAAAAUUGAAGAGCGCAACCAAGAACUGGCACAGAGGCACUACCAUUUAUAAUGGCUAUACAACUUUCAUUAUUGAAGAUUUCGAGAAAGACAAACUUCCGGACUUUGUAACAAUCGACGGAAUACGGUGUAAAACCUAUCUACCUAAAGAUUUAUACAUCCCGACAUGCGGCAGAUGCCUCAAAAAAUGUCACAAUUUCAUGCAUUGCGACAGCCCACCAGUAUGUCGCUAUUGCAAAGAGGAGGGGCACAUCAAACGGGAAUGUCCCGAAUGGAACGAACGGCAAAGAAAAAACCUGCAAACUUCGUGGCACCUGCCCUCCCGGAAAACAAUAACUACCAACGAUAAUACACAGAAACGACCAAACAUAAAUACCAAACUGGAUGCCGGAAUCCUAUUGUCACCAAAAACUUCCGAAACGACGAGAGACGAAAUACAGUCGCUUGGAGAUGAUUCAAACAAACCGCUUGAAGUUAAAGAAAAGAGAAAUGAAAACAUUGAUAUAGGGAAGGAAAUAAAAGACUGGUCAUUAUCGGAGGACCCUGAUUUGUCAUCGCCGCACCUAUCACCACAGUCACCGAUCAUAAACAACGACAAAACAUCUAAAAAGAAGGAAAUCUCGACCACACCAUACCGUUUGCCUAAUCUGGGAAAAACGCAAGUUAAAGUAUUAGUACAUGACUACGAAACCAGAGACUUAUCAUCCUCAUCAAUAUACUCGGAUUUAAUGGAAGCCUGUUCUGCACCAGCGUACUUAGAAAGCGAAGAAUAUAGCCAAGCCACAAAAAAGAAAAGAGAAAGAAACGAAAUCGCAACAUCUUCGACUUCAACUAACGCCUCGAUAGAAACGCCUAACAAGAAACGGCAGGGAUAACGGAUUACAAAGGUAAAGUGGACGGUGGCAAACCACGAAAUAAAAGCAAAAACAAAGAGACGUCAUGCUGGCGAAUAUGGAGAAUCUGGAACAAGGCGAGAAGCCAACUAAAACCUUUUACAACAGGAUAAAGAAAAGGGCAAAAGAGACGACAAUAACAGAGAUUGAAUUAGAG